AUGGCUGCCCCUCCGAGUACGUCGGCCCAGGAUUCCUGCUCAGAGCUUUUGGGCCGCCCGUGUCUGCACUGCGACACGGCUAACGACUUGCCGCUGAGGCCCUGCGCUCCGCACCUCGUGAGCUGGCCCGAGUUGGGAAACGAGCCUCAGUGGCUCGCUGAUCGGCUGGGGACAAGCGAACGAUGCUCUCUCUUGGACCUCGACCAUGCUUUGCUGCUGCCGCCACCGAGCUUCGACGAGGCCGUGGAGACAGAGGGGGGGCCCACGUUGUACAUGGACCCUGUGCUGGAGCGGAACAGGCCGCUCUACCUUGAAUUCGUCCAGUCGGGCAUCUCGCGGGGCGUCUUCGUCUUAGGGAAAGAGAGGGCCGAGGACGUCUCCGCCUUCUUCGUGGCUAAGAAGGACGAUCGGAUCAGGAUGGCGCUGGACUGCAGGCGUAGCAACCAGCGGUUUCAGCCUCCCCCGUCGGUCAGCCUGUUCUCCGCCGCGGGGCUCGCGGACCUCGAGGCGCCGAAGGACGCGCCCCUCUACUGCGCGGGGGUGGACGUCCAGAACGCGUUCUACCAGCACAAGCUGCCAGCCUACCUGCGGUCGUACUUCUGCUGGCCGAAGGUCACCGCGGGCGAGCUUGGCAUCAGCGGGCUUGACGGGCGGCGUGUCCCGCCCUGGGCCUGCCUUUACCCACAACUUGCCGUUGUUCCCAUGGGGUGGAGCUGGGCACUCUUCUUCGUUCAGAAGGCUCACGAGCGGACGCUGGACCAGCACGACGCCCUGAAGCCCGAGCUGCGGGCGGUCGACUUCGCGCCGGUCCCCAGCCCGCUCAAGGAGCCCAUCCACUCGCUGUACGUCGACAACGUGCUCGUGGUCGGCACCGACCGCGAGGCCGUGACCAGGGUCAGGCGCGAGGCCUCCAAGGCGCUGGAGGGCUCCGGCCUGGCCGUCCACGACGAGACCGACGCCGCUGAGAGCAUGGCCAUGCUCGGCGGGCAGCUGCAUGGAUCGCCUGCCCGCGCCACCUUGGCGCCACAGAGGUUCUGGAAGCUGUACAUGGGGCUCGGCUACUUGGUUCAACGGCGCCCCCGCGUCACCAGCCGUGACAUCGAGCACGUCAUCGGCCACUGCACGUUCGCCGCGCUGUGUCGGCGUGAGAGCUUGAGCUGCUUCAGCGCCGUCUACUCGUUCGUCCAGCAGAAUUUCCAGCGCGCCAGGCCCCUCUGGGCGUCGGCGCGGCGCGAGUUCAGGAUCUUCCGCGGCUUGCUGGUCACGCUCGUCUCGGACCUCGACGCCGAGUGGUCCACCAAGGUCGUCAUGACUGACGCCUGCGAGACGGGCCACGCCUCUGUCGAGGGCGACUGGGACCUCUCCGAGGUGCAGAGUGCUGGUCGCUGGCACGAGCGGUGGCGGUUCCGCCACACGCGCGAGGCGGACGGGGGUUGGCGGCCGCGCGACCGCGCGGCACGUGCGGCCGAGGCCGCCGAGCUCGAUGCACACCCGUCUGUUCUGUUGCGCCAGGGCGUCGCCAACAAACGAUUCCCUGAAGUGUCGACGCACGCCAUCCGCCGCACCAGCUGGUCGACCAUGCACUACUCGCCACUCUUCGGCAAGGAGCCCAUGCAUCGUAAGGAGGCAAGGGGUGACUUACACGCCGUGAAGCUGAUCCUGUCGGACGCGGACUCCUGGGGGAAGAGGCGCGUCGUCUUGGGGGACAAUCUAGCACUCACACUUGCACUAUCUAAAGGACGUUGUCGUGAUAUAUUUCUGCUCAAUAUCUUGCGGCGAGGCGCUGCCUUGACUCUCGCCUCGGGGGCCCGCAUGCAUCGACGAUGGGUGCCCAGCGAGUUCAAUGCGGCCGACGGUGACAGCCGCUCCCGCGAGGGUGCUGCAGGACGCGCUGCAUCUGGGGCCAGCUGGCGCGCUGCCGCGGCGCGCGGGCGCCAGCUUCGGCACCGCCGCAGCUCGGCGCGGGGCCCCGAGGGCGACAGUCGGCUCGGCAGCGGCUGGCCCGCGGCCCCAGCGGCCCCGCCUGGACUCGAGCGCAGCCCCGCCACUGGCAGCCGCGCGCCCGCUGCGGCCCCGCGGCCGGGCGGCGCCGCCGUCGGCCAGGCGGCUGAAGCGCAGCGUGCCUGGGACUCGGGCCCCCUGGGCUCGCCUGCCUUGCGCCGCCGCGAGGCUCUGACUCGACGUCCGUCGGUGGUGCUGGCGGCCCCGCGCAGCAUCCCCCUGCGGGAGCUGCCGCGCUCUGUGCAGCGCCGCCUGGACGCUGGUGAGCAGGCGCGGGACACCACCCGCCAGCUCUCCAUCACCGAGGCUGCCGCGGUGGGACGGCGGAGCCGACUGCAGUACACGCGGCUGCUCGAGCUGUUCCUCAGGCGCAGUCGCCUGACGUCUCUGGCUGCGCCUGCUGCCGACACGGACGCCGCGGUGGUGAGGUUCUUCGACGAGCUGUACCUCGAGGGGAAGGUCGCGUCGACGGGCGAGAAGCUCCUCGCCGCCAUCUUCAUGCACGUGCCCGACUACCAGAGCAAGGGGAAGCUGGCCCUGCCGCGCGCCUACCGCGCGCUGCGAGGCUGGCGCCUGCUGCGGCCAUCGGCCAUCGCGGACGCGGCGCCCGCUGCCCUGGGCGGCAUCUGGAGGAUCAGCGGCCGCCCCGCCCUCGCGGUGUUCUGGCUCCUGAUGGUGGACACGUACCUGAGACCUGGCGGGGCAUUCCGCCUGACCCGCGGCCAGGUGAUCCCUCCGCAGGCGCACAUGCCCAAGGUGACGAUCCACAUCAACCCCGACUACAUGAAGGGGCCGAGCAAGACUGGCGAGAUGGACGAGACAGUGGACGCGGCACGUCCAUGGCUGGGCAACCUUCUGGUUCGGCUAGCCCAGGGCCCGCCCAGCGCCCCUUUGUGGACGUUCGCCAUGACGGAGGCCAAGGACGUGUUCGAGCGCGCGACUCGCGCGCUGCACUUGGACAAGCUGCUGCCCGUGUUCUUCACAGCCCGACACAGCGGUGCGUCCAUCGACCGCUUCACGGGGAGGAUCUCGUUGCAGGAGGUCCAGCGGCGCGGCCGCUGGCGCCAGCCAAGCUCGGUCAGACGCUACGAGAAGCGCGGGCUCAUCCAGGCGGUGUGGAGCGAGAUGGAGCCCUCAGCCAAGGCAUACUGCCUCCAGGCCGAGGCCGAGCUGCCCUCGCUGCGCG